AUGGCCACAGCCAAACGCGAAGCUCGCAAAUCGCAAAUGCGCCCACCUCGCAACGCCGACGCUCAACAGGCCCCGACUAACCAAGGACGUCAACGGACGUCCCGGGGACCAAUCGGUCUCAUUGAACAUUUUUGUACUAACUGCAGCACAUGGACGACACCACCCGAUGUCCCUCCCUCCAACUCGGCCUCGCCCCCCACUUCGACAAUCAACACCGACCGCACUUCUGAACCCCGACUACUAUUCUCCUCUAUCGCCUCAACAUCCGCUGCGACGGCUUCUAUAUCCACCAUCACUGCACACAAUCCUGACACACCAACAAACAUCAACCACACCACUGCCAACACCAGCGAUGUGGACUCGGUCCAUACAGGUCCUCAUUGCGAUUGCACCUUCACCUCAAACAUCGGCCCGGUCGGUCGUUUGCGAAUCCGUCGCACAGAGAUUGAAAAACCAGUGACUGGAGCGCCAACAUACACUAGACGAAUCCGCUUCGACUAA